UCCAAAUGCUUAGAACCGACUUAUCCAAAGUCCCCCUGCAAAGCCAGGAAUGGAAGACAGGCAUAACACUGCACUCCACUGCAUGAUCCUCCACUUCAUACAGUUUCAGUAGUAACGUUAACCCGUACAUCACAUUACCUGUGUAGGUUUAGAAUGUUCCUCUGCUGAAUUCUCUACCUGAAACGUCUCUUGCAGUCUCGCUCUUUCUUGAAAGAUAUGCAAACAAGCAGAUUUCUAUAAAUAAAUAUGCCAUCUGCUUGUUUCAAGAACGGGAUGUGUUUUCUGCAUUACUGAUGUGGAGCUCCUCUGAAGCACAAGCCAGUGAGCUCUUGAGAUUUCAAAACCUGCUUUUGUUCCAUUCGGAAGCAAAUAACAAAACAUCUCAGACCUCUGCAUGAUGGGCACAGGAAGGAGGAGGUGUGCAGAAAACAUGACAUUUAAUUUCAGGUCAACCUUUACAAAUGUUUCUGAUACUCUCCAACUUGUUUCCAGAGCUGAUCAGCUCAAUAAACCUGCAAAGCAGAAGAGCCAGGAAACUUGGAAGGUUUGACUCUGAAGCAGCCAGUCAAAGUAGCUAUUCCAUAGCCAUAGCUUGGGCAUACGUGUGCUCUGCAUUUGUAUGGUGGUCUCAAGGCCAAGUAGCCCACUAUUUAUUCAUGGCUGCCUGCUCAGGUUGAUCUUUGCAAUGACUCUGUUAAAGCUCUGGAGGGCGGUCCUGGGGGGAGAGGGCUGCGGUUACACUUAGGAGCACAUGCUAGGGUUGCGUUUUUCUGCAACGUAGCUUUAUCUUGCCAAGGUUGUUUGCAUGUGUCCCUUUUGUCCUAACAGUGAUGUUAGAUGAUCAGUAUCAGGCAAAUAGAGUUCUGUUGGUCUUCCCUCACAGACGGGUCCCCAUGUGACCUGCUGCGAUAGUAGAUAGGUUUUGUAGGCAGCCUGAACUAAAGUUACAGACAGGCUGUCUCUGAAGAUGAUGUGGAAGUGCAAAGCUGAAUCUUGAAAGUGCUGGAGGCCUCAGACAGCUUCCAGGAGUACCUAGCUCAGUUAUUGUGUUGGUAGUCUAGGAGCCCCAACUGAUGGGAUGCGUGGAAGCUGGACUCACUGGUAUUUCCCUGGCUUCUCUCCAGGCGUUGCCUUGAAGAGGAGGAAUAGCAAAAGGUGGUCGGGGUUCUGACAGAAAUGGUUUUCCCCUGGAAUUUCACUGGCACUGAUAUAUCGUCAAAAGACGUGAAUUAGGACAGCUCUUCAAACUUGAAGAAAAACUUGUUUUGUCACGCUUUUCUUGCAUGUUCUAAGGAGCUGAAUAUAUAAUUUGACUUUUUGAGGUACAUGUGUUGUUCAGUGUGUCAUACACAAGUGCUUCAAAUCCUACAGGAAGGUUCUAAGAUGGGCAAAUAAGUCUAUUGCAUAGUACUAUGUAUAGAGUACUUUGAAUAUGUCUUGUGAUUAAUUGCAAGGAUUAAGACUUAAAUAUUUUGCAAAGUGAAUUCAGAAACCUCAAGGUUUUCCCCAUGGAGAGGUCAUUUUGAAUAGCCUGAAGGUUCAGAUCCUACAGGUAUAACUCUGCUUUUUAAAGUGACUGCGAAAAUAAUACUGUACGGCUUUAGUUUUCUAUGUGGCUUCUGAACAAAGCUUGCUACCUUGUUGAAAGUGGAAAGACUUUUUUUUUCCCUAAAUCUUAAUCUGUAAGCUUGAUCUAAAUAAGAAAGUUUUUCAUCUAUCUCAUUCAGUAGUGCCAGAACUAAAUGGGCUUGAUAGGUAUUUAGUUAAAAUUAGUGAUUUAAUCACUUUCUAGCUUGCUGUUAUCAGUGGUAAACUUCAAGAUAUAGUAACUAGUAGAUCUUAUCUUCUUAUCCAUAGGUCUUAGUUGUGGAUAGGAAGAUGAAAAUAAGCAUUUUAAAUCUCCAAAAUAUUCCUCACGCUUGGGUGAAUUAAUAAAAUGAACUAGACAGAAACGGAGGUGGGGAAAACCACCUUUCUUUUCAUCUGCAGAAGAGGUUGUUAUUGUGGAAGGAGGUUUAUCAGUUGCACAGACUUAGGUUCUCAGUAUUUGUGUAAUGACUUCCUGUAGUCACUUUAAACAUUGAACAGAGGAAGAUUUACAUCUCAGAUAAGGUUUUCCUUUCAGUUAACCGAUUUUAACCGAUUUUAAUGUAUCAUGUGAAGUUUGACCAGAGUAUACUUUGUUUCACAGUUGCACCUUGCUAUUCUGUCUGUAAUUCAAAACUAGAACCUGCAAAUAUUAAUACUAUGAGGGUAGUAGAUGAGGUAGAAUAAUAACAUGUAGGAGUGGGAAUAUUUAUAAAGACUUUGUAGCUUUCUUACAAUUAACAAUUUUAACUUUUUUUUUUUUUUAACUCCCUCUUGAUCUACCCUUUUUCUGGAAACAUUUUUUGCAACAGUGAUAGUCUUAAUGAUAUCUCAAAUAAAGCCAAAUACUCAUUAUUUUUUAUUGUAUUUAACAUACUGGAUUCAGUGGCAUAGAAUUUUCAGAUGCUAUCUUCAUGCAAAAUCAGUACAAAUAAUCAGAAAAUUUUUUGUGUAUUUAUUUGAAAUGGUAAUAAAGCUUUCCAGGUGAGGAAAGGAAAAGUGCUAUUAUCAUAAAAUUACCUGUCUAAACUGGUACCCUCCAUCCCCCGAUGUAAUAGCAGUAACAGUGCAGUUCAGUACCAUUUCGGUCCUGUUGUCCCCCCACACACACACUGAAGAGGUGAAAAUAAUUUUUUGCACAUAGACCUCAUCUCAGUUGUGAGUUGUUCACUAGCACAAGUUGCUGAAUCUGAUUUUUAUUUAAUGUAUUUGCAGGUAUAGAAGCAAAAUGUAUAUUUCACAACUAGUAGGUUAUAUUUCUUAAUCGCUAUGGCAACACUCAUGGGUGGAUCCCUGCAUUUUUAUCAACUUGGAAAAUUCUCCCUGUGUGCCUGGAGCAGGACACUUCCCAGUACACUUGGGAACACCUGGGACAUCUGACCCACAACUGUUCUGAACACCCUCUACUUUAGCAAGGAGGUGUAUUAUGGUGCCAUGUUUCACAUGCUCCCAGCCGUUAUUUGUAGAUUUCCAAAGGUGGUUAUUUUUUAAAGUGUACAUCAGCAUUCUGUCUACAGGUUGUUACAGCUUGCCUGAAAGAUCUGUGAGAGGGCCACCGCUCAACCUACAAAUGAAAUCUCACAAUUUCCAGCACAUUUUGUCCUGGCAGCCAGGAAGUGAUCUAACUGUGCCAACACGCUAUCGUGUGCUAUAUUCUGACCGCAGGAACUGGAAGACUGCUAAACAAUGUUCAGAUAUUACGCAACUCUUGUGCAAUCUGACAGAGGAUUUUGAAGAUUUUUCUCUUCAGUACUCUACAUUGGUUCAGAGCUUCAUAGGAACUGAAAUAUUCAAUUCUUCUGCACUUCAUUUUGUGCCGUUUACUGACACAUUCCUGGGACCACCAGAAGUUAAUAUAAGUUCCUGUGCAAACUGCAUAAAUAUCACUGUAAAGCUACCAACAUCUCACUUCAGAAAAAAUGAAAAGCUACUGUCUUUAAUUGAUAUAUAUGAAGAGCUUGAUUAUGAGGUAACACUGAAAACACGUGAUGGACAGCAUAAGAGGCCACGUGAGAGAACCACUAGAGAAAUUUUUAAUAUGGUCAUUGAAGAUUUGUUUCCAAAUAGAAAUUAUUGUGUGUCCGUUAUGGUCUCCGCAUCUCUAAAUAAACAUUCCAUCUCAUCACCCUGGAAAUGUAUAACUGCAGACUCUAGAGCUCAACAAGAUUAUCAUAUAGCUACAAUCACAGGUGCUGUAUGUUUUUCAUUGGCUAUCGUUGUCAUCCUGAGCUGUAUGUAUGCAGGAGGUUUUAUUCUUCAAAAAAAAUCACUUCCACGUACCUUGGUAUUCAUCAAUACAUUAGGCUAUUCACCUUUUACACUUGAAUCUGAAGAAACAGCCUUCGUAGAGAUCAUUUCUAAAGAGGUUAAAAAAAAGGCAAAGGAAUGUAGUGGCUGUGGCAGUGAUGAAGACGAUGAUGACGACAGUGAAAGUGAUGCCAGUAAUCAUGACUAUACAAGGCGUGAUAUCUUCAGUAAAGUGCCUCAUUCCUCUGCCAUGUCAAAUGCAUUUGUGCAAUGCUGUACAGACAGUACGUGUGAAGAUGGCAGCAGUCAGGCAAGUCAAAAUCCAGACACUGACCGAGAAGAUUUUGAAGAGAAUGAGAUGGACAUUGAAGAAGAUAAAGGUGCAAGUGCAAAGUUACUUAGUCCUUUCUCUGAGGUAAAUUGUACCUCUUCUGAGCCAAGGAAUAGCGCUUGCUUUACCAUAAACUUAAAAACUGUGCUGCUGGGAACCUCUGAAGAGAACAUAGAUAGUUCUGCUGCUCUCCUCUCUUCCCGAGAAGAUGCAGUUGACUGGCAAGACUCCGGUGCUUUUGAAUCAAUACUCCUUGAUGACACACAAAGUGUGCGCAAACCACUCUGUCAUAGCAUUGCUCAUGAAUGGCAAAAUUCUUCUAGUUCUGAUGAAAGUGAUUCAUCAGAUUCAGAUACGGACCAGAAAACUGAAUACAUAAGAAGAUGAAUAAGUGAGAACCACUAUUUUAUAACGUACAUAUAUAUUGUCGUAACUUUAUUUCUGAACUGAACACAGAUCUGGUCUUUCUCUUUUUUAACAUUCUUGGAAGUAUAUGCCUGUGCAUUGUUAAAAGUGAGUCUCACUUAUUUUCAAAAAUUGCUGUGGUAUCUUCAGGUGUGGUCCAGGUUGUAUUAUCUCCAGGGAAACACAGAUGACUCUUCAGAUGCUAAGAUGCGGCAGAGAUACAGAGCAGUUAUUUCAUUUUGCAGUUUGAUGGUGAGUUAUGCUUUGAGCUGUUACGAAGUAAGUACUUUCUGUAAAUUAUUGUGAGGAAUUCAUAGUACAGGAAGAGGUGAGCAGCUGGUGUCUUAACCAGACCUUCUGACUAUCAGCGUUGGAAAGAACAGUAAUAUGAAAGGAACCUCUGCUAUUAUUUCUUAGCUCUGUUGGUAUGUUAAUCUGAAACCUGUUUUGUCAGAUGGAUUGCAGAUGUCAAAACAGUCCUGUAUUGAAGUCAGUGAACUGAUUUCUGCAUGAAUGCGUUUGUGCAGAGAAAGCUGAUCAAGUGAUAUCUCGGGGGAAGGUAAAAAUACUCAGAAACUUACAAAAGUAUUUUUCUAACUGAGAAUCAAGGCAUUAUAUAUACACCUUAUUUUUAUGCAGUUAAUGUACAGUACAUUUUUAAUGUGAAUAAAAGCAUUUUAAGAAACAGUUA